CAUUUUCUGACAGAAUUGCAAGGGUGCAGAUAUUUUUGGCCAUGACUGUAUUUUAUAUAUAUAUAAAAUUUAUUCCUGUGAUGCAAAGCUGAAUUUAAUUUUUCAGCAUCAUUACUCCAGUCUUCAGUGUUACAUCAUGAUCUGGACAUGUUCUUGACAGGUUUCGUAUGAUUCACUCUCAGUAAACUACAUGAACACAUGUCACACCGUCUCUAUUGUUAAGUUUCAUUAGUAGUUAAAUUACUUUAUGAUAACAAGAAAUGUCUCAACUGCAGUGGUUGUCAGGUAAUUCUAACUUCUCGAUUUUGUCUUCCCAAGAUAUUGCUGAAAGCAAGAGGGAUGGGCUAAUAUUCAUUUACAGGUCACUAAAUACACAGAUGGCUCAUAAUUCUUGGAAAAAAAAAAAAAAAAAAUGUUCUAGCAUCACAUACCAGACUCUUGUGAUCAACAGAUGGCAGUUUAGAAUUAUACUUGAUGAACAAAGUGCUUAAACAAACAAAUGGUCAUUGAUACAAAUAAAUAUAACAAAGAAUGCAAAUAUAAUGCAACUAAAAGUCAAUGUGACUUUUUUUACGUGUACUUGCACUUGUAUUUAAAAUAUAAAAGCCUUAAAAUAUAACUAAAAAUAUACUAAAAUAUAACAACCUACACCUGCCACACUCAAAAGAGACCAUAAAAUAGACAUGAAUGUAAAGAAAAUGAAAACCGUUAAAGAAAGUCACAGCACAACCACUGCAUUCAGUGACUCACUCAUGAAGACAGUCGCUUUCAUUCCAUCAACAAUCAUCUUUCUGGAACAAAUCGGUUGAGUGAAUGAUUCAGGACUCAUAAGAAGUUGCUUGUUUGUUGCUUGAAUGAACCAGUACUGUUUUGAACAAAUCUGCUGAAUGAAUGAUUCAAUGACUCUUUUGUUUCUGAAUGUAGCAGUGGUCGUAGAAAGAAUCGUUAAAUUAAUGAUUUAGUGACUCAUUCAAGGGCAGUGGCUGCAUCCAAAAACGCAUACUUCCCUGCUAGUAGGCAAAAAACAGUAUGUGACAAAAUAAAUAUGUCUUAAUUCACAGCACUUACAAAAAAGUAGGCAAAAAGUACCCACAUUACCUACUACUUCCGGCGUGAUUCUGAAGUGCAUACAAUGGACACUUUACUAUCCCAUGAGGCCACUGGAGAGAAGAAAGGCAAUGACACACAACUGAUACAGGUAGGUUAUGUGACAAUGCUUUUCAAAAAAUAUACCUACUCAAGGCAGUAUGCUAUUUCGGAUGCAGCCAGUGUUUUUGAAUUAUUCGGCUGAAUGAUUCAGUGAUUCACUUUUAAGGACAUCCAGUUGUUUCGUUCCUGAAUGAGGAUACUACUGGAAUGAACCAAUGUUUUUGAACUAAUCAGCUGAAUGAAUGAUUCAGUGAAGAAAGAAGAAAGUGAAGUGACGUGUGGCCAAGUAUGGUGAUCCGUACUUGGAAUUUGUGCUCUGCAUUUAACCCAUCCAAGUGCACACACAGAGUAGUGAGAAGUGAACAAACACACACACGGGGAGCGGUUUUCGUGGUAUUGAGGGUGGAAGAGAGCGCCAAACAUUCAUGACCCCACCGUCAAUUCUUGCAAGACCGGAGACUCGAACCCACAACCUUCGGGUUAAAGUCUCUAUCCAUUAGGCCACGACUGCCCCAGGACCCCUUAUAAGAAUUCCAAACUUGUUUGGACAAGGACUUUUCCCCAUUACUGAAAGCGAAAGUGAAUGGCCAGACAAAGAAGGUGUGUUGUGAAAGCGAAGACAGAACCAACCAAUAAAGACAGAGCAAAAAAGAAAGAGAGAUCAGAAGAUUGCACGGAAGAGAGAGGAUAAAAACCAAACUGGUCACAAUCAAAGCUAAGAUGUAUGGUGUGACGGGAGAGGACGGUCUGGUCCCCAGAGCGCGCAGCAGGCUGCCGGUGGUGUGUUCUGUUGGACUGGGGCUUCUCAUGCUGCUGUUUGCUUGGCUGCUGGACUCUGACAGGAUCAGUGAGAGAGCUGGAAUGGUCGCUUUUUGCAUCACAGUAGAAAGGUUUAUUCACAGUAUGUGCUUGUUUGCAGAGGAGUGGCUCUUCCAUUCAAGACAAAGGUAUCACGACAGAAUGAAUGAGAUCUUUCAGGCUUGCUUUAGAGGGUAUGUCGUUUUCGGAAUGUGUGCAAUAUUCCUAAUGCUAAUGUGGGGUGGAGUUUCAUUCUCUGGAGAACAGUGGAGCACCAUAACCCUCAUGUGCGCUGUUUACCUGGUACUCAAAAGCUUGGGGAUUCUGGGCCCUACUUCAGUUGAAAUCUCAGAAAUCUGUGAAAUGAAGAAGAUGAAUGUGGCACAUGGUUUGGCCUGGUCUUUCUAUACCGGCUACCUCAAAUUUGUCCUUCCAGAUUUACAGAACAAGGUGAACCAGUACUCCUCCACCAGGGGGAAAAUGAGCUCUUCACGUCUACACAUCCUUCUGCCCGUCAAUGCAAAGGUUCCAAACAAACCUGAAGAGGAGGACACCAACGUGAUCUUCCAUGAGAACCUUCCAGAACUGGAGCGGGACACAGCAGGGGUGCGGAAUCGUAGCUACAAGAACAGUGUCUACAAGAUCACCCAGGACAACGAGACUUUUAGCUGUGUUCUGGAAUACGCCACACCACUGCUGACGCUGUAUCGGAUGUCCCAUGAGAGCAGUGCAGGGUUUGGAGAAAGAGAACGAAAACAGCAGGUCCUGUUGUUCUACAGAACGCUCAGCCAAAUUCUGGAAGAUUCUCUAGAGUGCCGGAACUGUUACCGGCUCAUCCUGCUCAACGAUGAGCACACAGGUGAGCCUCAUUACCUCUCCAGAGAGAUCAUCCAGCACCUCAAACAGCAGGACGGAGAGAUUCACAUGGAUCCCAUCCAAGAGCUACCAAAUGAAGUCCAUCCUGUUCCAGAAGAGGGUCCGAUUAGGAAUUUUAAUGUUGCGCAUCAUGCCACUUAUCCAGAAGACCCAAUGAGCAAUGACCCCACCCUCAUGUUCAGCCAACCACAAUCCUUAAGAUCUGAACCAGUGGAGACCACUGAUUAUUUUAACCAACCUAAUGCAAAGAGAUGAGAUUGGAUCAUGCAGUGCUCUGUAUGAGUUCUUGGUUGCUUGUGUUCAGUCUUAGAAUUAAUAGAAUAGACCUUGAUGUAAACAUUUAAGAAUCCAUUAAAUCAGCUGCUCAUUAGCACCCUCA